CUUUACAAAAUCAUAAAUGCUCUUGUUUACUUAUUUCAAAGACAUCUUAUCGCUUUGUCAGCUCUUAUCAGAUUUAUCAUCGUGCAGGUUGAAGGGUUACUGAAAAAUGUCUUUAUAUAGAGACUUGCCGCAGGAUCAUCCCAGGAAGUUAAUACCGGAACUAUGUCGGCAGUUCUAUCAUCUUGGUUGGGUAACAGGCACUGGCGGUGGCAUGAGCAUCAAAUAUAACAAUGAAAUCUACAUUGCGCCAUCAGGAGUGCAAAAAGAGCGAAUGGAACCAGAGGAUUUAUUUGUGCAGGAUGACGAAGGAAAGGAUAUACAGCUGCCCCCGGAUUAUAAAAUGCUAACAAAAAGUCAAUGUACACCAUUAUUUAUGCUAGCCUAUCGUCAUCGAGGUGCGCAAGCAGUAAUACAUACUCACUCGCAGCAUGCCGUAAUGGCUACUUUGAUGUGGCCCGGAGAAGUUUUUCGUUGCACUCAUUUGGAAAUGAUUAAAGGCGUUUAUGAUGACGACAUGAAACGAUAUUUACGUUACGACGAAGAGCUAGUGGUGCCGAUUAUAGAAAAUACACCUUUUGAACGAGAUCUAGCAGAGAGCAUGUAUGCCGCAAUGCUUAAAUAUCCUGGAUGCAGCGCUGUGUUAGUACGCCGUCAUGGUGUAUAUGUUUGGGGAAAAAGCUGGGAAAAGGCGAAAACAAUGUCAGAAUGUUAUGAUUAUCUCUUCGAAAUUUGUGUGGAAAUGAAAAAGAGUGGAUUAAAUCCUGAAGUUUUCAAAUAAAUAACACAAAAAUUAAACGAACGAAUCUUACCAAGAAAUUGCAUUUCAUAAGGAUCAAAAGUUAACAAAUAUAUGUUUUCAGUUUGCCUAUUAUAUAAUAUAUGCUUAGAAAAGAACAUAGAUAAUGCGAUUUUUUGGUCCAUUUUAACAAUACAAUUUCAAUUGGGGAAAAAUAAAAAUGGUUUAUACUUA